CCGGGCCAGCCGAGAGAGCGCAGCUGGCGCGGACUAGGGGCAAGAGCCUCCGAGCCACCGUGCCCGCCCCAGGACCCUGGGUUCAAUGCACCGCGACAGCACCUGUGGCCCCACCGAAGCAGCUGACAUGCCCAUCACCAAGUACCCCCAGAAGUCACAGCCCCUGUGGAAGGAGUGGGACCGGAAGGCCCAGAAGAACGGGCCGAGGCACGAGGUACAUGCUGUCAAUGGCGACCGCUACAUGGGCGAGUGGAAGGACGACAUGAGGCAUGGGAAAGGAACACAGAUCUGGAAGAAGAAAGGUGCCAUCUAUGAGGGGGAUUGGAAGCUUGGGAAGCGAGAUGGCUAUGGCACCCUCAGCCUUCCUGACCAAGAGACGGGAAAGUACAGGAAAGUUUACUCGGGCUGGUGGGCAGGCGAUAAGAAAUCGGGCUAUGGGAUCCAGUUUUUCGGACCUAAGGAGUAUUACGAGGGUGACUGGUGUCGAAACCAGCGCAGCGGAUGGGGCCGCAUGUACUACAGCAACGGCGACAUCUACGAGGGCCAGUGGUUGAACGACAAGCCCCACGGGGAGGGCAUGUUGCGCCUGAAGAAUGGAAACCGCUACGAAGGCUACUGGCAGAGAGGCAUGAAGAAUGGGCCAGGGCGUUUCUUCCACCUGGACCACGGUCAGCUGUUCGAAGGCUUCUGGGUGGACAGCGUGGCCAAGUGUGGCACCAUGAUCGACUUUGGCCGUGACGAGGCCCCUGAACCCACUCAGUUCCCCAUUCCUCAGGUGGGCAGCCCUCCUCCUGCCCUCACCAGGGCCCUGCAGCCACACCCAGACAGACAGACAGACACCAGCAUCCUCAGCCCACCUUGCCCCACCAGGGAACAGACAAGCAAGCUGUGUGCUCAGUCUGGGCAUCCCCAGCGAGGCUGGCAGCCCUGGGCUUCCAUGGCCCCCAAACCCACCUUUGGUGCUUCCCUCCAGGUCAAAAUCCUAGACCCUGAUGGUGUGCUGGAAGAAGCACUGGCCAUGUUCAAGAAGACUGAGGAGGAAUGAGAAGAUUGAUGCCAGAGAGAAUACCAAAGCUUGGCCCUUUGGGAGAAAUCCAAGCAAAUAUCACCAAACUGCGCAGACCAGUACCGCUCACCUGGGAGAAGUGAGUGGUGGCUCCAGACACACCUUUGGCACCCUCAGAGGACAUCUCACUCCUGCUAGGGCUGGAUCCUUCUUUGCCCAUGGAGGGGACAGGACUUCCUCACCGGCCUGGUGGCGGGGACCCUCCCUCUCCUCACUGACUUCAUCCCUAUACCCUUCCUGAGUGCAUGAGAAUAAAGGAGAGCCUGGCGGUGUGAGCCGGGCUGCGGGGUGAGGCAGGGAGUGGGGAUGCCCUGGGAGGAGUCCCAGGUGGAGAAGAGGGAGGAGGUUCCCAUGGGGGCCAUGGAUUUACCUGGGGAGAAGGGGCAGCGCCUCCAGGUCUCUGACCCCUGAGUACCCAAGAGAUGAGACAGCCUGCAAGCAGUCAGAGGAGCCUGGUCAACAAGAUCUUAGAUUAAAACUUGACCUGGAUUUCCAGUUUAACACAGGGGCUCGCAACCUGGGAAUCACGUGGGAGCGUUCAGCAACAGACGCCCAGGUUCCACGCCCAGAGAUGCUAAUUCAUCUGGAGUGAGGCCUGGACUUUGUAAUAAAUUAUGCAGGUGAUUGUUAUGUGGAGCCAGGGCUGAGAGCCUGACUUACUGUGGGUCCCUAAGCACGUGCCCUCAGUUGCCCCAUCUGUAAGAUGGACCUCAUGAGACCUCACAGGGGUGUUUUGAGGAUUUGAUGAGAACCGAUGUCAUGAUGCUGGAUAACAUGUACUGAGGUUAAUUGUGGGCCAGAUACCAGCGAAGAGCUUUGCAUAAUUCUAACCCAGACAGCUAAGAGGGACCUUUGCAUAAUGGUAAGAGCAUGCGCUCUUGAGUCAGACUCUCUGGGUGUGAAUCCUGGAGGUGGGUUAUUAGCUGUGUCCUUGGGAAUGUCACCAUCCCUGUUUUCUAGGUUUCCUCCCCUGUAACUCAGGGACAAUAGUGGUACCUACCACCCAGGGUUAUCUUGAGGAUGAAAUAGGGCAGUGAUUCUCAACCAGGGCGAUUUUGCCCCUCUUCCAGGAAAGCUUUGGCAAUGUCUGGAGACAUUUUUGGAUGUCACUACUCAGGAGUGCUACUGGCACCUAGUGGGUAGCAGCCAGGGCUCCUGCUAACGUCCUACAAAGCACGGGACAGCCCCCCAUCACAAAGAAUGAUCUGGCCCAAAACAUCAACAGUGAGGAGGGUAAGAAACUCUGAAAUACAGUGAAGCUGGUAAUACUCUCAGCAAGUAUCCGCACAGAGUAAAGACCCAAUAACCGCUCACUGACAUUGAGGUUUACCCUGCCCCCUAAAUCUUGAGCAGGGUGGCCUGACCAAGGGCCUGGUUCUCAGAAAGCUGAGCCUGGCCACCCUGGGAUACAGCAAUAACAGUAACUGCCAGGCACUGUGCUGACAGCUUUGCAUGUCUCUGCUGUGACCUCCUCCCCCACCCCAACCUGUAGAUGUCCUGCUAUUAGUACCAUCUUAGAAGAGGAAACUGAGGUUCAGGGAGGUCCACAAGUCACCAAGCUAGAGUGUGCCUGCACUUGUAUUUGGAUCCAUCUGCUCUUAAGGUGCACACUAGUGUGUACAGAAGACUACCACUCUACAGAAUAAGUAUGUGGUGUGCCCUUGAUCUAUAAAAUCUCUCUAGAAGGGUAACACAGUAAAACUGGUUAACAACGGUGGUCUCUGGGGAGGAAGAGGACUUUUCACUGUCGUAUUUGGACCCCCGUGAAUGUACUGUCUAUCCAAAAUAGAAAUAAAACUGAAAUUGAAGAGAGACUGUGUUCCUAAGCACCACUGUUUCCCAAGUUGCUGGGUGUGAGAGGACCUCGGGUGCUUGUUAAAAAUACAGACACACCCAGCCUGACUCCAAUCAAUCUCCAGGGGAAGGGUUUGGAAAUCUCCAUUUUUACAAGCCAAGCUCGUGAUUCUUGAAUUCAGCCCAGUUUAGGAGCAAAUUUAAGACUUCUAUGCUGGAAUCGGAAUCCAGAAAUGACUCCACCAGAUCCGGGGCCUCUGUACAAAUAGGGAGGCAGACACCUUAGGAAACACGUGAAAGACAUCUGGGCCUUCUCUGGGGAGUAGUGGGGGGCUUCCCUUGGGGGCCGCUGCCUAGUCCUACCCAGCCCUUCCACCCCAAAGGGCAUCCGGGGAUAGGGGAGGGGUGGGGAGAAGCUUCGGCAGGAAGAAGCAGGCCCCUCCCUGGCCAACCCACAAAGCUGCUACUCAGUGCCCAAGUCAGCGCAGGAGGAUAAGAGCUUAAGGCCACACUUUCCAAACUGUUCAAGUGACUUGGGGUUCUGUGGAAGCAUCCUGGGAAACCAUUAUAAGAAAGACAAAAAUGUCAGGCUUGUCCAUGCCCCAAUUUUCAUUUCAGCCAUAGCACUUGGCUUUUAAAAAGCCAUUUUAUAUAUGGAACAGACAGAGGUCUCAAACUCAAGGGCCUCUGGGGGCCGGGCAAGUGAAGCUGGCCCGGUGUGAGGCAAGAGGGAGUGGUGGGGAUUGUGGUGAACAGGUGGAAGGCGGUGGCUGCUGCACAAUUCCUGUUCAUUUUUGCUCUAAAAGAAGGUGGGCGUGGGGCUGCUGGAUCUUGCAGUUUUUCUAGCAAGUCCAGAAUCAGCCCAGGUUUAAGAUUUUUGUGAGGUCUCUUAAGUCGGACGUCCCAGGUUUGGAUUCUGGCAAGUUAUUUACCCUCUCUGGCCAUCAGCUGUGCCAUCUGUAAAGUGAGGAUAGUAAUGGUACCCAUCUCACAGGGAUGCUGAUGCAUAGUGCUUAGGACAGUAUCUGCACAAACACUAGCAGUUAUUUUGUUGUUGUUUUAAAAAGACCUGGACACAUGGUCACUUACAUAAUAUUCCUGCCAAAAUGCAUAACCUGAAUGGACUAAUGACAAACCAACCAGAGGGGACAGUCUACAGAGCUGUUGGCCUUGACUCUUCAAAAAGGUUUAAUAUUAUGAAAGACAAAAGCUAAGGAACUCUCCGGAUUAAAGGAGGCUACUCAAUGUAAUACAUGAUCUUGGACUGGAAAGAACACUGGUGGAAAAGAACAUCACUGGGACAAGUGGGAAACCUGAAUAUGGACAUUAUGUAACAGUAUUCUAUUCAUGUCAAAUUUACGGAAUUUGAUAACUGAACUGUGGUUAUGUAGGGGAAUGUCCGUGUUUUUAGAAGUAUUUAGGCAUGAAACGGGGCCCUGUGGCACAGUGGUUAAGCACUCGGCUGCUGACAAGAGGUUGGCAGUUAGAACCCACCAGCUGCUCCAUGGGAGAAAGCUGUAGCAGUGAGCUUCCUUAAAGGCUGCAGCCUUGGAAACUCUAUGGGGCAGUUCUACUCUGUCCUAGAGAGUUGCUAUGAGUCGAAAUCGACUCGACGGCAACAGCUUUAGUAUCUGGUUUUUAUUUAGGCAUGAAAGAUUGUGCUAUCUGUAACUAAAACAUAUGGUUCAGGGGAAUUAUAUAUUUCACUUACUAUUCUUGUGACUUUUUGGUAGGCUUAAAAUUUCUCAAACUGCUGAAAGAAAUGAAAAACUUUGCUUAGG